AGAACGGAACCCAACUGUUGGGUCUGCACAUCCUCCAUCUCCACUCCCCUAAUCCGCCAUAGCUAUCUCCAAUGGAGCUCCACACCUCAAUCGUCUGCCGUGGCACUUCCACUUGCCCUAAGUCGCAUGGUCACUCGCCGUACCCUUAAAGUUUUUAUAUUGAAGUAUGAUCUAGUCUGUACCUGGUUUCGAGACUCUAAUUGGGAUCGGAGUCAUCAGAUAUUAAAAUCAAGAACCGAGCCUCAAAUUCUUAUUACGAGGACCAUCAUUUACGACGAUGGCGACGCGAUCGGCCAGCAAUGCUCCCACGGAUCCCAACGAUCCGACCUCCCCAACUGCCACGUCAUCGUACUCCACAGCUUCGAAGGACAUCUAUAGGCGACACGGCCUCACCAGCCCGCCUUCAGAGCCCAAGGUCCCUGCUUCCUUCCCUCCCGGAACCUCCCUCUCUCCCUCCCUCCUCCCAAAUUCUCCCAACCUCCUCCCUUCCGAGCGUCUAAGAUCUCCGCAGCAAACGAGCGUCGCAACUAGGACCGGAAGCCGGCUUCAGAGCCAGUAUCGCCCGAGGCAGCCGUCAGGUUCGGCACAGCCGGACCUGUCUUUCCGAGCCUUGGUGGCUCGGCACCAGUACCUGCUGACGACAAUGGCGAUCUUAGCCGUUCUGUGUACGAUCUACCUGUACUUUGCCAUUUCCAUGGACGACGGAGAGAGCUCCAAAUGCGGCGGACUGAGAGGGAAAGCCCUGGCGGAUUGCAGGUUGAUGCUUCAGGUGCAUCGGAAAACGGCUAAGGUGGAUUCCGGAGGAAUUGGGAGAAGCGGGGGAUUGGGGAGAGAUGGUGGUGGUAAGGGUGGUGAAGUGGAGAGAGGAGAUAGGGAUUCAGAAGAUGCUGCAGCUGAUGAUGAUGGUGAUGUUGAGGGUGAGGGUGAUAGGGGAGGGGGUGGUGGAAGCAGUAGUGGAGGGAGGAAGGCGAAAGUGGUGUAUCAAGUGGAGGAAUGACAGCAGUGCUACAAUUGCUGUAACAGUUAUUGCAAUAUGAGGAUUUGAAGCAGCAAGUUUCAUGAAGCGAGAGAACGGUGGGGCUUGCGACGAAGAAGCAACAGCUGCAAGCAAACGACAGUGCCAACGAGGCUUAUCCCAUGGUUCUGUCACUCGCGACGCGAGUCCGAAGAGAAAUGGCUAAAUGAUGACCUGCAUUGCCAAAUCCCCAGUUUUGCUAGAGACAGCAGCUAGAGAUGGCUGUGUGCUUUGCUUCGCAUUGCCUACUGUUGGAAAUAUCUCAAGGACUUAAGCGUUUCUGAAGUGUAACACUGUACUCGAGGAAGAUUACAGGGGAGCACGCGAGACUUAAGCGUUUCUGAAGUGUAACACUGUACUCGAGGAAGAUUACAGGGGAGCACGCGAGUCAACGGAGGUUACACGAGGGGGCGGACAAAGAAUGCGAAAGGACUCGAAAGGUCGCAACUGGAGGUUGC